GAUGCAAUAGGGAUCAUUAAUUGAUAAAUAAAGAAGAUCUAAAGAGAGAUUUGUUUAUGAAGCUAACAAUCUAGUUCAAUAAUGGAGAGAUUUAUUUGAGAAUGGGUAUCGUGAUUACGCUGGACAUUUUAUCAAGCCUUCACUCAAAGAAGCAGCCAAUCUAGUUGGAUGUUCAAAGAAAACUUUAGAAGACUAUUACAGCAUAAUUAGGAAAGCUUCUUAAAUUAUCAAUAUAAAAGAUUGUUUGAACAUGAAAAUGGGUUAUUUGAGGUAACUCUUAAGGAAGGAUCCUAUUUUCAAUGUUGCUGCUCCAGAAAUAAUAUAAGAAGAGCAGAAUACUUCUUAAAAUGAUAGUUGGAAUAAUAUGAUAAUUGAAGCAGAUGAUGAAGUUUCAAAAGCAUCAAUAGAUAUCGACCAGUUUAUAAAUACAAAUUAAACUGACUAGCACAAUUAUGAAAAUGAUUUCACAUCAAUAAAUUUCAAUUCUGAUUGGAAAGAAACACAAAUAGAUGAUGAAAUCAAUCCAGCAUAACCAUAUUAAGAGUGGAAUUUCUAUGACUUUUGACAAUUAUGUAUUCUCUCUAUAUUUAUACA